UAGUUAGGUAUGUGCAUGAUUAACAAAAAAUCGAUGUUCGUGGACUGAUCAAAUAACUGCAUCGUGCAUACUAAUAGCUCUAGUUUCUCUAGGCAGAAAUUAGAUUGGCGGCGGAUAGCCUUGGCAAGACCUGCUCUAGAGCAGACUUACAAAAGGCUUCUAAGGAGCUUGUCAAAGUCUACUCUAGAGUAGGUCUUGCCCAGGUUAUGGGAGACAUGCGGGAGAGAAUAAAACGGCGUGAGUAUGACAGAGAACGAAGACCUCGUCCUUCGACAGCAAAUUCCGCCACAAGCUCGAGAUCGUCUCAGCACUCUAGAUCUGAUCCAUCUCUGCACGAACAGCUCCAGCCAGUCGGUGGUCAAGACGUAGAUUUGGAACACCUGCAGCUGUCGCCAACUGCAACCUGUGAAACUAUUUAUACAGGUGAAAUAGAUUAUGCAGAGCUGGCGACAGCUGCAGGUACUGUAGCAACUCCAAGACGACAGGUGCUGCUGUUGCAUCAUGAGACGCGCUGUCCGGUGGCUCUGGGGUUUCCAGCCGACAACUUCCAAAUGAUAGAUUCUUUUUUAAUUGAAAUCAUUCAAAUUAUUGAUGGGGAAAUGAUUAUACCGGGAAUCAGAGGAAGAAAACUGGCAUCAAUGGAAUUAAAUGUAUUGAGACAUUAGCAUCUCACUCAUGCUCAUAUUAUCACUGAUCUUUUCCUCAAAGGAGAAAAUUAUAUGGAAGAAACAAGAUUGUCAAAUAAUUUAAUUAAUUAACUUGCGAUUUGUAAUUUGUGUUGUAUGAAUUUACAAUAAAAGAUU